AUGGAGCUUCCAGCAUCAGUAUCAGCGCCGCCAGCGCAACCCUCCUCCUUGCCUACCAUCAAACCUCUGCCAAAGACGACCCCUCACACCUUCCAAACCCCCACCAAGCGCAUCAACACCGGCACCGACCUCGCGACAUUCCUCACCACAACCGCAUAUCGCGACAUCCUCCUCUUCCUCCUCCAACUAAACCGAUCUCUCUGCCCGCGCCGCUCCCCCUCGGGCGGCCCCGCGACAACCUACCCCCUCACCUCCGUCCCGCCGCCCACGAGCGACCGCCUCCCGGCCCCGAUCAAGGCCCUCCAGAACCUCCUCUCCGCCGCCGAGUCCCUGAUCGAGCUCGCGCCCCCGGAUCCCGGACCCCGCCGCUUCGGCAACGUCUCCUUCCGCAAGUGGCACGAGCUCCUCUCCGAGCGCGCACCGGCCCUCCUCUCCGAGCACAUCCCGUCCGCCGUCCUCUCCUUCCCGACGACGCCCUCCUCCGAACCGCCCUCAUCCGAGCUUCUCUCCUACCUCCUCGGCUCCUUUGGGUCGUCGCAGAGGCUCGACUACGGCACGGGCCACGAGCUCGCCUUCCUCGCCUUCCUGGGCUCCCUCUACAAGCUGGGCUUCUUCGGAGAUGGCUCCGAAGCCGACCCCGCCGCGACGGACCGCGCCAUCGUCCUCGGCGUAAUCGAGCCCUACCUCCGCGUCGUGCGCAAGCUCAUCCUCACAUACACCCUCGAGCCCGCGGGCUCGCAUGGCGUCUGGGGGCUGGACGACCACUCUUUCCUCCCCUACAUCUUUGGCUCAGCACAGCUCACAACCACGAUCACCCAAGGCUCCGCGGAGCCGAUGCCGAUGGAGGGGUCCGUCCGCGGGGCGCCCAAGACGGGAGACAUUGUGAAGGCGGCCGUCGUUGAGGAGCAGAGGACAGAGAACAUGUACUUCUCCGCCGUGGGGUUCAUCAACGACGUCAAGAAGGGCCCAUUCUGGGAACACAGCCCCAUCUUGUUCGACGUAUCUGGCGUCCAAGCCGGCUGGGGCAAGAUCAACAAGGGCAUGCUCAAGAUGUUCAACGCGGAGGUCCUGCAAAAGUUCCCCGUCGUCCAGCACUUCACCUUCGGCUCCCUCUUCUCCUGGGACCAGGACCCCGACGCCGCUCCCGUCGCCCCGUCCGUCCACGCCGCGAACCAGCCGUCGUACAACUACCCUGCAACGACAGCCCUGCCACCACCGCAGGGAGCAGGCACAGCGGCACCGUGGGCGGCAGGCCGCGGGCAGGUGAUGCCGCCGAGAGUACCCGCACCGCCAUCUGGUGCCAGAAUACCCCCGCCUGGUGGUAUGCCGUACACGAGACAACCGCCGGCGGCUACAUCGGGUGCGCCGCCAGCUCCGGGCAUGCUCCCGAUGCCUGCUCCCGGUGCGCAGGCCCAGGGCGGCUCGACGGAUGCACAGGUCACCUUGACCAAGGCACCGUGGGCCAAGUAG